AUGUUCAAAAUUUUUUUAAUAUGUAUAAAUCUUUGUACAGUAUUGACAAAUUCUAAUCAAACGGAUCGUUUACGUCGACAAUCUCCAUUUGCUGAUGGUAUUCAACCACCAUUACAUAAGCAUGAACCACGAUGGGUACUGCCAACACAUGCUCAUCGUAAAUCUGAACCAAAUUAUAUGAUCGUUGGACCGAAAAUAGUUCGUCCAUCAGAUAUUGUUUCGGUUUGGGUAACUAUUUUAAAUAAAGACUGGUCAGUGACAAAUGUUGCCGUUUCAUUAUUUAAUCGAAAUGAUGAAAUAGCAGCAAAUGAACAAAGUCUAAUACCAGAAAUUCCAACAGCAGUUGUAUUUCAAGUACCACAAAGUGCACCAAAUGGUACUUAUAGAAUAUAUAUUCGAGGAACAUUACCUAAUGGUCAUGUUGUUUUUUAUAAUGAAACAAAUGUUAUUUUUCAUCCGAAAUCUCUUUCAAUUUUUAUACAAUUAGAGAAACCGAUGUAUAGACAUGAACAACUAGUUAAAUUUCGAUGUAUUCCAGUUUAUUCGGAUUUACGUGGAUAUUUCAGUACAGUCGAUGCCUAUUUAAUAGGUCCAAUGAAUAAUAUAUUAAGACGUUGGCAUAAUUUACAAACAACAUGGGGUUAUGUGGAAUUAUCAUAUCAAUUUGCUUCAUUUAUUGCAUUUGGUACUUAUACAAUACGUUGCGAAGCUCAACAAUCAGUAAAUCAAAAAGAAUUUUUAGUUGAUUUCUUUUUACAAAAGAAAAUCGAAGUUAAUGUUUCAUUACCAUUUUUUAUUAAUGUUGAAUCAUCAACUAUUAAUGGAAUUGUUACAGCCAAUUAUACAACUGGUCGUGGUGUUGUUGGUUUAAUGAGAUUAACUGUACGUUUAAAAGAUUUAGAUGAAAGUUUUGAACCAGCAGUUAAUAUUAUUCCUGUACCUGAUGCACCAGGACCAAAACUUGAUUAUCCUUAUAAAUCAUUUAUUGGUCGUUCUGAUUUUGCUAUACCAAUAUCAGAAGCAGUUCGUGAAUUUGGUGAUUUAGUCAAUCGUGAAUUAAUAUUUACAGCAACUGUAUUCGAUCCAUUAUGGAAUGAAACAACAAAUUCAUCAUUUCUUACAUCAUUUUAUAAAACAGAAUAUCGUAUUAAAUUUCUUAAUAGACAAUCAGGUGUAUUCAAACCUCAAAUGACAUAUACACUUAAUAUUGCUGUAUUAAAUGGUGAUCAAAGUCGAUUUCGUGUUGCUGAUUUUAAUCGUAAUACAACAUAUGUACGUAUACAAACUAAUUUUGAUGUUGGUCCACCACUUGCUUCAGUUGAUCAUCCAAUACCUGAUGAUGCUUUAGUUAAACAUGCAUUUAUUAUUCCAAAUCAGAAUCAAUCAAUGUAUAUGUCUAUUCGAGCAGAAUUAUUUAUUAAUAAUGAAUUUAUUCAAACAGCAUUUAUUGAACAACGUUCAGUUCGUUAUCGAUCACCAAGUCAAACCUAUAUUCAAAUUACAACAAGUACAAGACAACCUCGAAUUGAUAAUUAUAUGAUUUUUACAGUUAAUGUCAGUCGUUAUUGUUCACAUGUUCAUUAUCAUAUUAUUUCAGCAAGUCGUAUCGUUUAUACAGAUACAAUUCAAAUGCUUAAUUCGCGUCAACAAACAGUUUAUGUAGCUGUAACACGUCGUAUGGCUCCAUCAGCACAUAUUCUUGCUUAUUUUAUUGAUUAUACAGGUGAACUUGUUGCUGAUGUUAUUCAUUUUCAUGUUAGUAUUACAUCGGAUACAGUUGCACUUAAUUUAACACUAAAUCAACGGAAAGAUUUAACAGGUGACACAGUUGAAUUACUUGCUUAUGGACCUGCACAAGCACGAGUUGCAUUUUCUGGAACAGAAUAUGCUCAAUAUCAAUUAUAUGGUGGAAAUGAUAUACUGGAAAUGGAUAUUUAUAAUGAAUUAUAUGAAUAUGAUGCUGCUGCACAUCCAAGUCCAAAUAUAACAUGGUAUUCAAAUUUUUUAACACCUUCCGAAAAAGUGUAUCGUGUUGGUCAAUCAAUUGCCGCUAAUGUUUAUCGAGUAUUUCGUUCGGCUGGUCUAUUUCUAUUGACUGAUAUAGAUAUAGUUAUUGAUGAAGAACAAGAAGAAAAAUUUUGUAUGGAAUUAGGAAAUCGAUUUACUUGUAAUGAUGGAUCUUGUUAUACAAUUAGUGAAAAAUGUGAUGGUAUUUUUAAUUGUCUAGAUGGUGCUGAUGAAUUAGAUUGUCCGGAAAAAUCUGGACCAUCAUUUACACCGAUAAAUAAACGUUUAUGGCCAUAUUGGGAACGACUUUUUCAAUUAUCAAUAGCUUGGGAAUCUGUUUCGAGUUAUCCUGAUGGUCGAGCUCAAUUAACUGUCGGUGUUCCUGAUGUCAUUGGUACUUGGAUGGUUUCAGCAUUUUCAAUUAGUCAACAAAAUGGUCUUUCAGUUUUGCCUAGUGUUGUUACAUUCGAAGGUACAAGACAAUUUUUUAUUUCUGUUGAAAUCCCAGGAAAAGUUCGACUUGGAGAACAAAUUGGAGCACGUGUUGAUGUAUUUAAUUUUCAAACACAUCGAAUUGAAGCGUUAAUUAUUUUACAUGCUUCACCCAAUUAUCGCUUUAUUAAUAUUGAUCAAAGUGGUCAAGCAUCUUCUUUUGCACCACGAACAUCCGAAGGACAUCAUCAUGUUCUUCUCAUUUUAUAUCCAAGUAGUUCAAGACGUAUUCAUUUACCAAUUCUACCUUUAACAGUCGGUUCAAUUGAUGUUAUAAUCGAAGGUAUAACAGGAGUUAAACAAGAUAUUGAAACAAAAACAAUCGAAGUUGUGUAUGAAGGUAUUACAAAUCAUUAUUCGACAUCAACAUUAAUUUCACUUGAAAACACACCACGACAAAUGUAUGAAUUUGAUAUCAUUGUACCAGAAAAUUAUAUACUACCAUUACAAAAUUAUUUGAUUUAUGUACCCGGUUCACCUAAAGCAAAUAUGUAUAUAUCAGGGGAUGUUGCUGGACCAUAUUUUUGGGAAGGAUCAGAAAAAGCAUUAACAUCUGAUAAUCUUAUUUAUAAGACGGUUGCAGCUGCUGAAGGUGCAUUAAUUGGUUUUGCUACAAUGGUUUAUGAUGUAAUUUAUUUAAGACAAGGUCAUGGUGGAAAAGGAUUUGAUCAAUCUAAACUUAUACAAUUACUUGAUCUUGCUAAUAUAGAAUAUAAUCGUUUAAUGGCAUUUUAUUUUGAUGAUCAAUCUGAUAUGGGUAUUCAUGAUGGUGCAUUUAGUAAUUUUGGUUGGAAAAAUGAAACAAGUGUAUGGUUAACAUCAUGGGUUUUAAUUGCAUUAAAAGAUGCAUCACAAGCUGAAUGGGAAACUCAUAAUCUAUUUAUCGAUCCACGUGUACGUGCAAAAUCAUCGAGAUGGGUUAUGACACGUCAAAAUGAAGAUGGUUCAUGGAAAGAACAUAGUAAUAUACUUGAUCGAGAAAAAUUUCAAUCACUUUUACAUUCAAUUGAUACAGAUUUACCUUUAAAUUUAUCCUUAACAGCUCAAGCAAUAAUUGCAUUAAAAAUGAAUUUAGAUAUCAAUGGUUUAAUGAAAGAAGAAAUGACAGAUGCUAUUGAUCGUGGUCGAAAUUGGCUUGAAUUACAUUAUCAUAUGAUUGUUGAUUCAUUUGAAUUAGCAAUUACAACAUAUGCAUUACAUGUUGUUAAUAGUCCAGAAAAAGAUAAAGCUUUCAAUAUGCUUAUUAAUCAACAACGAACAAGUUCUUCUGGUAUUUAUUGGUCAAAUAUUGAAUUACCAUCUAAUAGAGCUGUGUUCAUGUCAUUAAAUGAACGUUUAGCACCAAAAUAUGAAUCCGAAUUAGAAGCACAUGCAAUUGCAUCAACAUCAUUUGCUUUAUUAACCUAUAUAAAACGUGCUCAAACAUCAUUAGGAAAACCCAUUGUACAUUGGUUACAAACUCGACGAAAUUUUGUAGCUGGUUGGUGUUCAAGUUAUGAUUCAUUUUUUGCUCUAAAAUCUCUUGUUAAUUAUGCCAUACGAUAUGGUGAUACAAUACAACAAUAUAAUUUACGUGUUAAUCUUUCAUCAUCAGAUGAUGCUUAUUCUAGAAAAUUUGAACCAAUUUUAAUUACCGAUGAUAAUAUUAUAGAUGUACAACAACGUUCAAUUGAAAGUGUUUAUGGAAGAGUAUUUAUUGAUGCAUAUGGUACAGGUUAUGCACUCAUGCAGAUGAAAGUUGAAGUUAAUGUUGAAUAUCCUGAAUUAAUUCGUCCUGUAGCCUACGAAGCAUUUCAAAUGUCAUUAAAUGUUCAUCUAUCUAAUAAAUAUAAUUUUAGUUAUUUAUUAUAUGAACCAUGUGUUACAUGGUUACCAGGUUUAACAAAAGCUGGUCGAUCGGGUUGGUCAAUAUUUACGAUUGAAAUACCAACAGGUUAUAAAAUAGAAGAACGUUAUCUUAAAGAUUUAGUUGGUUUUGGUAUUGUACGAAAUCUUCGUGAUGCAGAAAAUUAUCCAAAUUCACUUAAUUUUCUUUUUGAAUUUUUUGAUACAACUCCAAUUUGUUGGGCAUUUGAACUUAAAAGGUAUAUUCCUGUUGCAAAUAUGACACGAUAUUAUGAAAUGAAAGCUUAUGAAUGGCAUGAACCUUGGAGUGCAAAUCGAUCAAUGUAUACAUUACGUACACUUUUUGGCCUUGAUAUUUGUUCUGUAUGUGGUUCAUAUCAAUGUCCAUAUUGCCCUUACUAUGCUAAAAGUUCACAAAUUCAAAUAACAUUAUUUAUAAUCAUUUUUUUCAUUGUAUUUCAAUUAUUUCAAAUUCAUUAG